UAAUGCGUCCAGUUAUGCACGCCAACCUCAGUACACUUUAAUUUUGAUUUACCAUUACUUUUCCGAAAAAUAUGAUUAGUUUUUAGAAACAAUAGUUUAAUUUGUCAUUUUAAAGAUUUUUCUGAAAAGUACAGUUCGUAUAUUGCCAAUUUAAUUGUGUAAUUGUGUCUAAAAAUUUAAUUGAGUGAAAAAUUAAGAAAAUUACAUUGAAUUCGGAAACCCUUUUCUUUGUGUUAUCUGAACUAAAAAAAACCAGAAAAAAUAGCAAAAAUAAUCGGUAAAAAACAGUCAAAACAACAGUCAUUGCAGUUCAGAAAAGGAAUAAAUUGGUGUCUGGUGGUCGACCAAGGAUAUUGAGUGACUAAAAACCCCAAAUUAACCCCUAAGAAGGCUACUCAAGUCAUUAGCAAGCCAACCAGGGAAUGGACGGACAAAAAAGCUUUGAAAAAUAUUGGAUUAAUCUGUUAAGCAGAAGAAACCUGCGUUGUUCAAAAGAAAAUAUUGAUACGAGUUGAGUUGUAGAAAUUUGACAAACAUCCGAACGGUAUUGCUCGUCAUUGUAUAUAUAUAGAUAUCUUAGCAAAAUUAAUUGAACGAAACAUCUUGAUUAUAUCGUAGUUUGAUAGCGAAAAUUUUAACUAUAAUAUUGUUUAACUAGUACUUAAUAUUUACAGUGUGGAGCUUAACUAACACUUCUCGUAACGUAAAUAUAUGUCGGUAUAUUUCUGGAUUUCAAUGUUGGUACUAUUGUCACAACCUUUGUUUGUGUUUACAGUUAAAUUUAAUUUUUUGAAAAUGAAAAGAAAAGCACGUUCCUCUAAUGUUUCCUAAGAGGAUAUAAACAUAUUACUGAAAUUUGUAGAAAACCAUAAAAAUAUAGUAGAAAACAAAAAACAGAGUAUGUGACUACAAGAGAAAAAGAAGAAACUUGGGAGAAUAAAACUGACAAAUUCAGUCAUGAAACUUAAACGCAACGCACAUCGAAAAUUUUACGAACAAAAUAUUAUAAUUAAAAAAAGAACUGAGAAGCGGAUGACAGGAGAAAAGGGAACUCUGUAUGCCACAGGAGGAGGUGCACCAAUAGGAGUGUCACUUUCUCAUAGCGAUACGAAGUUAAGGACAUUUUUCCUUUUAUAAAAUUAUAAAAUUAGUGGGUGUAAACUUUUGAAUAAGGAAGUGGGAGAAUUUGAAACAUCGUCAUGCAGCUGGUAUGACCUCGGAAAAUUAAAGAAGUCAAUGAAUCAAAAAUUUGUCUAUCAUCAUAUCAAAGCUAGUAAAGAGAAAUCUUGGAAGCAGCUUGCGGAAGUUAAGGCUAGGUGGUGUGAACAGAAAACUAAAAGAGAAAUCUGCUAAAUCUGGCAAAAUAUUUAUCAAUUAUGUUUUUUCGAGUAACGUUGGAAGUUUCACUUAUAAAUUUAGCGGAAGUAUUGGUGAUGGCAGCUGAUGUUAUGCCACAGGAAACCUUCACUUCCAUACUCCAUAGGACCUCUCAACGUAAUUUCUAAUAAUGGAUUAAUUGAAUCUAUCCAAUAAUGGUGUAUGGGUCCUUAACAGGGGGGGUAUCACGACAUUCGGCUGUUUUUAACCACUGUCAGCAAUUCCAAGACUUCGACAAAAUUCUUUAGAAUUCAACGGUGGCAAAUUCGAGAGUUUCGAAAAAUCGUGGUAUCAUGUGUAGAGGCUGGCCAACGAUAUCUAGAAUUUUAAGCUCACUAUCACAAUUUAUUUACCAAUGAAAGUUCAAAACACGUAUUUUUUUAUAUACCAUACUAUCGCUAAAAAAUAUUAACUAUUUAAAUCUUUAUAAUAAUAUUAAUAGUUAAUCCACAUUACAUAAUAAUUUAGAUGCUCAAAAAUUAGUAUUUAGUCUGAUCUGGCAAAAAUGCAAAUUGUUAUAAAACAUCUCACUUUAGAAUAAGUUGGAUAUUACUGAUCAUAAAGGUGACAAGGUGUAGAGGACACUGGACGCAAUAAUAAAUACAUCAGCAACCUUUUCCCUUCCCUUUCUUGUCCAACCGUAAGGCUGUUAAAACUCGCAUUUUUGCGAUCAAGUGAAUUUAUGCCAGUAGUCGGCACAGCAAGCCACAAUUGUGAUUGCUUAUUUUCUUUUAAUUUCAUUUAUAUUAAUAACUAAAAAGAAAAAAAUACCGCGAAAAUGUCUGUGUAACGAAAGAAAAAAAAUCUGAAAAUUCAAUAUAACAGAGUUCUCACGAUUCCUGCCACUGGUUUAUACUUAUUUCCUUAGUUUUAUUUUUAAUUUGAAGAUAAAUCUUCAAGAGAAGACUGAUAUGAAUAGUUUUUGAACUGCCCCAACGUUCAUUGAAAUACAAUCUAGAUUUCAUAUCGUUAUCUUUAAUUUUUGUUUACAAUGGGAAUCUUUCCAUCUGUUGCUUAUAAAAUUAUUUUUAAUAAUGCUCAUAUAAUAUUGGUGUUUAUGAUAUAAGUUUAAGACAUUGUGUCUAAUGAUUGAAUCCGAUUCGAUCGAAAAAUAUUACGUUGUAAUCAUUGAAACCGUAUCGAAAAUAAAAUUUACGAUCACAUUGAACUCAUUUAUUGCCUUUUCGCACAGGAGUAAAUUGAUCAAUUAACCGGACUUUGCUCGAUUAGAGCGCUGAUUUACAUAGAUCGAUGUACGAUAAAAAAGAAAAUCUUAUUUCACUUCAUUAAUUUUUAAUUGAAUACAAAUCGAGUUGAAACUGGAAUGCAACUCCAGAAAUAGUUGUCUAAGCAGGAAAUUUUGUUGGGGCUAUUGAUAAAAUAUCAAUCAGCUUGUGAAACUUCUUCUGUAUGUACAACAAAAAAAAAGAUAUAACGGCUGAUCUUUAAUCGUGUAGCGAAAGAUAAAAACUGGUUUCUCAAUUAUCGUCUCAAUGUAUUAAAUUAAUUUAGCUGUGCGAAAAGGUUUUUACAGACUUGAUAAAAUACUUUCCGCGACUCAUAGAUGACGCUAAUUUCGAAAUCAGUGAAAGCGGUUUUCAACUAAAAAAACUUCUAAAAAACAAAAAUAUUAUACUGCUACUCCAUAUAUCAAAAAAAUAAGUAAGGAAAGGAUAAGUUCGGGUGUAACCGAAUAUUUUAUACUCUUGGAAUUCAUUGAUGUAAUUUUAUUAAGAUAACUCACAAUUUGGCCCAUAUAUUCGGCAUAAAGUCCAAUAGAAAAACGAAAAUCGUCAUAUCCAUUUCAAUUUCACCCAUUUUCACCACCAAGGUACACUAUAUCCAGGUCUAUGGAGGAUGGGAUCAUGUGUAGAAGUUCACGUAAGUGAGGAAAGUUUCUGAUUGUCAUUCACUUGCGAGUGGCCAGAAACGAUUUUUUCCACAUGAUUCAAGCAGCUCACGAUUUCCGGUUUUAGACCAAGUAUCCUCUGGGUAGCUAACAAACAUCCGUUUGAAGGCGAACCCGCUUAUGCGGUUGUCCAAGAAGUGCGAUGGACGGGACAAGGACGGAAGAAGGUGGGUCCUUGUGACAUCUACUACAGCGGCCAUAUAAAGGAGCGCAAAUUUGGUGUUGGAUUUGUGGUGGGAGAGAGACUCCGUCACCGAGUCCUGGCAUUCACCUCGGUGGAUGAACGUCUAGCCACAAUCCGCAUAAAAGAGGUUCUUCAACAUAUCGCUUAUUUGCGCCCACGUCCCAACGGAAGAGAAGGACGAUGUGACCAAAGAUACUUUCUGUGAGCGCCUACAACGCACCUACGAGCGCUGCUCUCGCCUCGAUGUCAAAUUCAAAAUUCAGCCACCAUGACGAAACAUCGCCAAGCGGCUUGAGGCUGAUCGACUUCGCUGGGGCCCGAAAUAUGGUCGUCUGUAGUACCAGAUUCCAGCAUAAGAAAAUACAUCAAGCUACUUGGCUGUCUCCUGAUCGAAACACGCGUAACCAAAUCGAUCACGACGGAAGACAUGUCACCUGUGUUUUAGACGUGCGCACGCUCCGAGAACCAAAUAUAGACUCGGACCAAUAUCUAGUAGCUGCAAAGAUACGCACUCCCCUCUGUGUAGCAAAAAACGUCCGUCAACAAACACAAGGAAGGUUCGACGUCGAAAAGCUGCAAUCGGAACAGACAGCCACGAAAUACUCUACUCGACUUGCACUCUUGCUCUCUGAGAGCACUCAUCAGCAUCACGGUAUAAGAGAACUGUGGAACGGCAUCGCAAACUCACUGCGUACCGCUGCAGCCGAAACCAAUGGAUUUCGGCUACGACAAAAAACGAGCUGGUACGAUGAGGAUUGCCGUCUCGCAGCGAAGAGAAAACAGACUGCCUACCUCGCAACGUUGAAAACGACCACAACACGUGCGGGAUGGGAUAGAUACCGAGAGCUGAAGAGGGAAACGAGACGCAACUGCAGACAAAAAAAGAAAGAGGCCGAAAUGCGUGAGUACGAAGAGCUUGAGAAGCUGGCAGACAGACGUAAUGCUCGAAAAUUUUAUGAAAAAAUGAAGCGAAUCAACGAAAGUUUCAAGACCGGAGCAUCCUCAUGUAGAGACCAAGUUGGUAAUAUGGUAACCGAUGUCCAGGGCAUACUGGGAUUAUGGAGGGAACACUUCUCCUACCUGCUGAAUGGCAGUGAAAGCCAGGAGAUGGCGAACCCGAUUCCCCAAACGAUGACGAUGGAACAGAUGUUCCAUUGCCCGACCAUGAAGAAAUUCGAAUAGCAAUCAUCCGCCUGAUGAACAACAAAGCGAGCUAUACAAAUACGUAGGCGAAGAACUGAUAAGGUGCAUGCAUCAGCUUCUUUGCAAAAAAUGGUCGGAAGAAAGCAUGCCUGACGAUUGGAAUCUCAGUGUGCUCUGCCCAAUCCAUAAGAAGGGAGAUCCCACAAUCUGUGCCAAUUACCGUGGGACAAGCCUCCUAAAUAUCGUCUAUAAGGUUCUAUCCAGCGUACUGUGUGAAAUCCUGGAGAAGACCAGUGAAAAGAGGAUCGACACACACCACCUUUUUGUCGAUUUUAAGGCUGCCUUCGACAGCAAAAAGGAGCUGCCUUCAUGCCACGAUGUCUGAAUUUGGUAUCCCCACAAAACUAAUACGGCUGUGUAAGUUGACGUUGAGCAACACCAAAAGCUCCGUAAUGAUUGGGAAGGACCUCUCCGAGCCGUUCGAUACCAAACGAGACAAGGACAAGGUGACUCACUAUCGUGUGACUUCUUUAACUUGAUGCUACGAGCUGCAGAGCUAAAUAGAGAAGGUACAAUCUUCUAUAAGAGUGUGUACACUCCUGGCGUACGCUGAUGACAUUGAUGUCAUCGGAAGCAACAACCGCGCCGUUUGUUCCACUUUUUCCCGCACGGAAAGGGAGGCGAAGCGAAUAGGUCUGUCAUCAAGCUUCGAAGUCGUAGAUAAUUUCGUAUACCUGGGAACCAGCAUCAACAACGCGAACAAUGUCAGCCUCGAAAUCCAGCGCAGAAUCACUAUUGCCAAUAGGUGCUACUUUGGACUGCGUAGGCAAUUGAAAAGUAAAAUCGUCUCUCGACGAACCAAAAUCAAACUCUACAAGUCGCUUAUCAUUCCCGUCCGGCUUUAUGGUGCAGAAGCUUGGACGAUGUCAACAUCAGAUGAGACGACACUAGGAGUUUUCGAGAGGAAAAUUUUGCGCAAGAUUUAUGGUCCUCAGAACAUUGGCAACGGCGAAUACCGCAGACGAUGGAACGAUGAGCUGUACGAGUUAUACGACGACAUUGACAUAGUUCAGCGGCUAGGACAUGUUUUCCGAAAGGACGAAAACACUCCAGCUCUGAAAGUGUUCGAUGCAGUACCCGCCGGAGGAAGCCGAGGAAGGGGAAGGCCUCCACUUCGUUGGAGGGACCAGGUGGAGAGUGACCUGGUUACACUUGGAAUCUCCAACUGGCGCCGAACAGCGAAGGAAAGAGAGGAAUGGCGAGUUCUCAUCGAUUCGGCUAUAACCGGCUAAACGGUUCAACGCCAAUUACAUACUUAUGCUCACUUAAUUUGGUACAGAUAUUUUAAUACUAAAUUUUAUACAAAUAAUAAAAAUAGAAGCUUUCUCGAUAUCCGGGGUAUAGAAAAAUUAUAGUCCAAUUUCGACAAAUUUUCCACAAGUGAUGCCACAGAUAUAAUACGGUAUUUGUGUAAAGUUUUAUUCCGCUAUCUUCAGUGGUUCCUAAUUUAUAUAUUAAAAGGGAGCGAAUCAGUUGGAAUUCAAAAUUGAGUUUAUGAAAUUAAAACUAUACUGGAUUCAAUUAAAAAAUCAGCUAAUAUUUCCCUGUUCGGCGUUUUUAAAUAGGAAAUUGUGAAACAUUCAAUUAUAAAAAAUGUUCUCUUUCACCAAUCAGCUGUGAAUUAAUGGUUUGCAAUAAGGCAAAAAGACGUUUACAGUUGAUGGUAAAUAUUUGCAAAGUCAAAUGCAGAAGAUUCUGAAUUGUCCUAAUGGUUUUAGCUGACUUCGAAAAUGUGUUCCUACUGCAAAGUAUCGAUAUAGUUUCACUACAUAUAAAACGUCAAACAACAUUGUUAAACGAUGCGUUGUACGAUUUGACACUAAAAAGUUUACUUUCGCAAACUGUUAUGCUUAUAUGUAUUGUUUUUACCGAGCGUACGAGUAUAAAGAUAAAAACGAAUAAAUGUAAAGCCAAGAAUUUAGUUGUAAUUAACUUUUUAUGUUUCGUAUAUAAGUUCUAAAAAAUGAAUGAAUGAAAUUUUAUAAAAUGUGCAAUGUAAGGACAACCAAAAAACUAAAUUUUAAUCAGAUACAUACAUAUGUAGAUCAACAGUCCUAUUCUGUGCACUUGACAAAUUUAUAGAAUAUUUUUAAUUUUUAAAAAAUUUGGACUAGAAAUAAAUUUUUUGAUCUGUGACAAAUUUGAUAAAAUAAAAAGCUUCAGUACGCAUAGCUUUUCCCCACAUUUGUGAGUAACAAAAUAAUGUAAACAGAAACAGCUGAUUUCUGUCAAAUUAUAUUGACUUGAAUUAGGGAUGCAAGUCAAAAAUAUACAUCAAUGUUUUUUCCGAUAUAAUGCAUCGAAAUAUUCGAAUAUAUAUUGCAUCGAUGCAUUUCGAUGUAUCGUAUAAAUAUUAUAUAUCAACACUUUCGAUGCAUCGAGUAAAAUUGCCAAUAGAUUCUUUCAAUUAAAAAAAAAUACAAUAAGUAAAUUUUACAAAAAAUUAUACCAGACGACAAUCCUUAAAUGUUUAUAUGCUAUGUGAAACAGUUUUAUGUGCCCCAUCAGAUUUGUAGUAUUUCCUGCCGUAAGAAUAAAUUUUUAACAGUACUUGCACUUCACGGCUUUGUCGUCACACCUAUCAAAAUAUUUCUAAACUGUACUUUUUUUAGUUGGCACCAUAACAAAAAUUUUAAAUAUGUAUGCAAAUGUUUUUCGCGUCAUAAGAAAAUCGAGCAGAAAUAUAAUUAAACGAUGCAAUGGAAAACUUUAUUAUACCAUCCUACCAUUCCAUGGUUAAAUAUGUAUUGUUGGAUAGAGGUAAUUCUGCUUCUUUUCUGAUUUGCUUUAAAUAAGCAUUUCACUUUUUACACAAUUCUCAAAAGGGUUCCAUAACAUAAACAAUGUAGCGAAGCGUUAGUGUAUAAGUUCAUAAUAUAAAUGAAAAAUUCACUAUAAAUCGAUAAAUCACAAGAAAAAAAUUGUAAAAAUUUUCAACUUAAAAUGCGAAUAUCUCAAAACUAUAAAUUUCUGGAGGCAAUAAUUACAAAUAUUCAUAAUUGAAAAAUACAUAUAAAUAUGUAUUUAACCAUACCCAUUUUAACUCAGAAAUUGUGGGAUGGUAUACUAAAGCCGACUUCAUUGCUAUAAACUCUCUCUUUCUUUCAAGUACUAACUUCUGAAAUGUGCUCCAGUUGAUUUUUCUCUAAUUAUAAAUGGCCUGUCUAUCCUAGGCGAUCUCGUUUAUCCGGCCCUCAGUUAUACGGAUUCGCGAUUAUCCGGACUACCACCGCGACCAGUUUAUAUGUACCAGAGAUCUGCAUUGAGUACUAAACCAAACCAAAUUAAACUUAUUACCAAAUACAUAUUGUAAACAAAUUAUUCGUACAUACGUACCUAAAUAUUUUAUUUCAUAAUUAAUGCUACAGUUUAGUAUUAUGUAUGUAAUGUAAUCUAAGAAAAUAUGUACAUACAUACAUAAGUCUGUGUUCAUUUCUUAAUAAACAUUGAUUUUCGUUGAUAGCUAUAUGUUUUUCUUCAUACAUUCGAUUAUCCGGAUUUUCGAUUAUCCGAAUGCCUAUCGACAACAAUUAGUCCGGUUAAUCGAGUUUCUACUGUAUUUAGUGACGCUUGCUGGGCUAUAAGUAUGUCUGAUGGGUCUAAUGAUAAAGUUGGUAUCCACUUACUCUUUUAUUCAAGUAUAAAUUUCAAGUAUAUGUUGCUCUAAAUAUUCUUUAAAACUUUAUUAAUUGUGUCUCUACCACAAGCCCAUACUUCCAAAUAUUUUUUAGAAAACGUUAUAAAGAGUCAAAUACACUAUAUUCACAAGUGGAUGCAUCGUAAAAAAUAGAUCGAUAUAUCGAUGUAUAUCGGAAAGUCAAAACCAUUGUUUUCUUUUCUUCGAUUCAUCGCAUAGCAAACAUCGAUGUUUCCGAUGCAACAAUGUUUUUUCCGCAUCCCUAACUUAAAUUGAAAAAUUUAUUUGAAUUAUUCUGUAACGUACGUUUUCACAUGCAUUUCAAUAUAUGUUGCAAAAUAGUUAAUAACAAAAAUUUUUACAAAUUAGAAAUUUGUUGAAUUUGUUAAGUGCACAAAGUAGGGCUGUAAAAAUAAACAUAUAUUUUACAUUCAUUCAAAAGUGAAUGCAGCAUGUUUGAGAUUAAUUUUUGUAAAUAUUGAUAAUUUUUUUUGUUUCCUGAUGCGUACAAAAUUUGUUCGAUAUUGGUACUGUAAAUGCACGAAUAUUGCUAUAACCAAAAACUUAUAACUUGCUAUAACUAAGCCCUAAAUAAAGUUAGGAAAGUAAAAUUUAGUACAGAGGAUGACAAUUUGUUAAAAGGUACCCCUGCCCUCAAAUAGGUUUUUUGCAUACAUACAUAUAUCUCAAGAAACCACGACUAUUUUCCUUAUAAGACAAUUCUGAAGUACAGUGAAAGAAUCACUUUAUAAUAAAUUCCUCAAGAAUCAGUGAAGAUAACGGAACAAAACUUUACACAAACAAAUACAUGUAAAACGUGUCGGAAUUGGACUAUAAAUUUUCAAGGCCGCAUAUAUCGAACAAGAAGAACUCAGGGCCUAAGGGUAAUUUCUUACCGGAAAUAUCGGUAAAUAUCUCGGAUAUUUUAAUGUAAUUUCGUUUUCUUUUAAAAGCUUGUUUGUCUGUACCAAAAAUGGGUGAAAUCAGGUAAUAACUUCCCCUAGGUGCCAUAUACAUAUAUAAUAUUAGGGUUUUGAAACAUCCGGUGGGUUUUAUAUCGUAUAUAUCGGAUAAUAUGUUAGAUAUAUUAGACCAAUUAAGUGAGCGUAUAGUCUUGGUGGUGAAAAUGAGUGAAAUCGGUUCAGGAAUCACCCUCGUAUAUCAUAUAUGGACUUUAUGCGGAAUAUAUGGGCCAAAUUGUGUUAUCUUAAUAAAAUUACAUCACUAAAUGUUCGGUUACACUCGAACUUAGCGAUUCCUUUAUUUUCCUUAAUUGUUUAUGAAAAAUCUUCUUUAUAUUCAGUUCUUUCUCAUACCUCUGGCAGACGGCGGCGUUAAUCCGGAUUAACUCUUUAAUCGGGAUUAAUUUUGCGAUUUAUGGUCCUCAGAACAUUGCCAACGGCGAAUACCGCAGACGAUGGAACGAUGAGUACGAGUUAUACGACGACAUUGCCAUAGUUCAGCGAAUAAAAAGACAGCGGCUACGCUGGCUAGGUCAUGUCUUGUAGGGAACAUUCGAGAUAUUCGCGAUUACAUUUUAAAAUUGACAAUUUUUAAUAUAUAAUUUCUCUAUUUGUAGUGAAUUUUUUCAUUAAUAUACGUAAAUGAGUCAAAAAAAAAUGUGAUCAGCCCCAGUGUUAGUUCGACCAGGAUUAUUUUUUUUAAAGCGUGCCAAUAUAGAAAGUAAUUAUACGCGAAAGUACUUGGUAUUUCCUGGUGUUGGAUCGCCCAGGAUAAUGUGGCCGAAGGACGCCGAUGUGAAAAGUACGCGAAAGAUGUUAGAUGUUUUUAUUUAUUUUGAUUCAUUUGCAAAAUAUUCAGAAUUGACAAAGCCUAUUUUUUGUUAGCAUACAACUAUUUUUGUUAUUUUGUGAAUUUAUAGAAUAACAAUUUAUUGUUUAAAAAUCUGAAGUCUAACAUAAGUUAGGUAUAAAAUCUUAAAUAUAAUUAAAACUAAACAAGCUGAAGCAAGUGAUAGAGCUGUUUCGGUUGAUCGUUGCUUUUUUGUAGACAGGCUCUUCUUUUUAAGCGUGUUUGAUUGCAUAAAUGUCCAAGGCAUUGACCAAUGGGUUUCGGUGAUCACGGAAUUUUGUGUAUAUAUUUCUACAUCCCCUUAGGGAUGUCAAUAUUAGUUACAGGUCAACUAAUAUUUGUUUCAUACUUUUCGACAAUAAUUUGUCCUUUGAGGCAUUUUUGCCACUGAAAACAAAGUUUGGUUGCACUAACGCAAUCGGUGGAAUUCAACUGGAUGCCCUUGUUGUUGCUUUCAUAUGUAAAAUUUUGACAAGCGAGUAGCCCCCGAAGAUAACUAUAAUAUUUAUUAAAAAUAAAUUAAAAUAGGGUUUAAGAAUUGACUUACUAAACUAUAAUGCUCUGAAUACAAAGACAACAACACGACACGACGGUGCGACGGCUGACUACAAAUGUCGCUUUGAAGCCAGCGUCUUGAACAUUUUGAAGACUGCUGCGACAUAUCAAACAGCAAUUUUAUUGUUGCCGUAAUGAAAUAUUUCACUUCAAUGAAAUAUUCACAUUUUGUUCAAAGUGAAAUUUUUUGUGCCAAAAGUGUAUAAAUAGGUCGAAUUAUUUGUUUUAAAUAAUCGACUGUUAUUACAAAUAAUAUAUCAAAGCUAUUUUAUAGUAUGUUUACAAAUGAAAAGAAUUUCGUUCUAAGCUCGUUCAAUAAUUUAACCGUUUAAAUAUAGCCAAAUGAGAUUAUCAAUUGUCAAAUGCAUUUUCAUUUGACAUUUCUCCUCUUCUUUGAAAAAUUAUCGAUAAACCUAGGAAUAACGCCGAAAAUCUAGUUGUAUAAAACAAGAUAAUUUUAUAAUCUCGGAUUAUCCAGAAAGGAAUUUUGUAUGGGAAAUAUGGUUUCUUAAUUACAGAUUAUCGAGUUAAGCUCGUAAAUGGAGAUAAUCUCGUUAUAUGUAAACAUAGCAUUACGCUUCUGCUGGCAAAUUAACGUCAUACUUCUUAAAACUUUGAAUAAUUUUACAUUUCACAUAAUAGUGGCAGCUCUACAGCGGCCAUUGUCGUCGGCAAAACAUUUGUAAUUUGGUGACAGCGACCACUUCAAUCCUGUUGUCGCGUAGUCGUGCUGUUGUCAAAAAAUCUGUACCCAUAAGUCCACUUUCACAUAAGCAACUUUUGUUGCUAAUUCUCGGGCGAUUCUCUUUUGCUGUCGCCCUUUGCGUUCACACGAGCAAUUCUUUUUCGACAACUCUGUUCGUGUCUCUCUCUCAUUCUCUUUCAUAUAAUUUUCUCAACUUCUUGUACGCAUCGUUUCCAAGCAAAAAAAUAUAUUUCAUUAACUAAGUUGUAUCGUUAUUCUCAAUUUUCUAACACAUUUUAAUUAUAUUAUGCAUAUUUCUAUAUGUAUUUGCAAAUUACAUUGAAAAUUAAAUGAUUAAAUUCAAAUUUUCAAAUAUAUUGUAUACAUUAAUUUUAAAAUGUGCGCAAAUGCAACACUGAUACGUAGCAGCGAACUGUUACGAAUAAGAACACAAAGCGUGUUGCCUGAACACAGCAGAC